AAAAUUCCUUUUAAUUCGUCACCCUCUUUCCUCCUUUUUAUUUUUCACACUGUUAUACACGUUGCAUAUCAUUUCUUGGUAUGUAGGUUUGCCUCUUUCUCUUUAAAUAUUUCUCUCUUUAUUUCAGAUUAUGAAUUCAGAAAAAUUCGAGCAAAUGAUCCUACCUACAAUGCCCUAUUUAAUUAUGCGAAUAACUAUAUUAAAACAUCGAAAUACACCUUCCUGACAUUUGCUCCUUUAAAUCUUUUUGAGCAGUUUCAGAGAUUGGCAAAUUUUUACUUCCUUUGUUUGCUAGUCCUCCAGCUUAUUCCCCAAAUAUCGUCCUUAACUCCUAUUACAACUGCUGUGCCUUUGAUUGUUGUGCUGUUAAUCACUGCCCUCAAGGAUGCUAUUGAUGACAUCCAAAGACAUAGAAGUGACAGUCAAGUAAACAACAGGCUGUCUAGAGUGCUUCGAGGAGGAAAGCUGAUCGAUGAACGAUGGCACAAAGUACAAGUUGGAGACAUCAUUCGAAUGGAAAAUGAUCAGUUUGUUGCUGCAGAUCUUUUGUUGCUCUCCUCUAGUGAACCAAAUGGCCUUUGUUAUAUAGAAACUGCUGAAUUAGAUGGAGAAACUAAUUUAAAGUGUCGUCAAGCAUUGAUUGAAACAGCUGAGCUGGGAGACGAUAAUGCUCAAAUGGGAGCAUUUGAUGGAGAAAUUGAGUGUGAAGCCCCCAACAAUAAUCUUAGCAAAUUUGAGGGAACACUUAGAUGGAAAGGUAAAAGCUAUAUGCUGGAUAAUGAUAAGAUGUUAUUGAGAGGAUGUGUGCUGAGAAACACCAAAUGGUGCUACGGUGUUGUGGUAUUUGCCGGGCGAGAUACAAAGCUGAUGCAGAACAGUGGGAAAACUAUUUUUAAAAGAACAAGUUUGGAUCGUCUGCUAAAUCUACUUAUUAUUGGGAUAGUGUUCUUCCUUCUUAGUAUGUGCCUCUUUUGUACAAUAGCCUGUGGUGUAUGGGAGACAGUUACGGGCCAACACUUUCGAAUCUUCCUUCCAUGGGAUCGACCAGUGCCUACUAAUAAUGUUACAAGUGGGGCUACAGUAAUAGCUCUACUAGUAUUUUUUUCAUAUGCAAUAGUCCUCAACACUGUUGUACCUAUUUCUUUAUAUGUUAGUGUUGAAGUAAUCAGAUUUUGUCACAGCCUUUGGAUAAAUUGGGAUGAAAAGAUGUAUUUUGCUCCUAAGGAUGCUCCAGCCCGUGCCCGAACUACAACCUUGAAUGAAGAGCUUGGUCAGAUAGAAUACAUAUUUUCUGAUAAAACAGGAACUUUAACUCAGAAUAUUAUGACUUUCAACAAAGCAUCCAUCAAUGGCAGAGUUUAUGGGGAACUCUUAGAUGAAAUUACUAGGGAACCGGUAGAAAUUGAUGAAGAUACAAAAGCUGUAGAUUUUUCUCUGAAUCCUGUAUAUGAGCCUGGUUUUAGGUUCUAUGAUAAAAGCCUUCUUGAACAAGUAAGAAAUGGGGACCAACAUGUUCAUGAAUUUUUCCGAAUUUUGGCACUGUGUCACACCGUAAUGUGUGAUGAAAAAGAUGGUCGUUUAGAAUAUCAAGCUCAGUCACCUGAUGAAGCCGCUUUGACAUCUGCAGCCAGGAAUUUUGGCUUUGUCUUCAGGUCUCGUACUCCUACUAGCAUAACAAUAGAAGUAAUGGGAAAUAUUGAAACUUAUGACCUUCUAGCCAUCUUUGAUUUUAAUAACGUCCGCAAACGCAUGUCUGUGAUAAUUAGAAAAAAUGGGAAAAUCAAAUUAUACUCCAAAGGUGCUGAUUCUGUGAUAUUUGAGAGACUUAGCCCUAGUUCCACUGAUCUAAAAUUGAAAACUAUAGACCAAUUAAAUAAAUUUGCAGGGGAAGGCUUGAGAACUCUGUGUUUGGCAGCUAAAGACUUGGAUGAGAAUGUAUUUAAUACAUGGAAUGAAAAAUAUCAUGAAGCUUCAAUCGCAAUGGAACAUAGAGAAGAAAGAAUGAAUGCUCUGUAUGAGGACCUUGAGCAAAAUUUAACACUUGUUGGAGCAACAGCAAUAGAAGAUAAACUUCAAGAUGGUGUUCCCCAAACAAUAGCGAAUUUGGGCAUUGCUGGAAUUAAAGUUUGGGUUUUGACUGGUGACAAGCAAGAAACAGCCAUCAAUAUAGGAUAUUCUUGCCAACUUUUGACUGAUGAUUUAAUAGAUAUUUUCAUUGUCGAUGGCAUGAACUACAAUGAAGUGGAACAGCAACUUAGCAAGUAUUUAGAUACUGUUCGUAGUCAGUACAGAUGUGUUACAGAGAGUCUGAUACAUCCAUAUUUGGAUGACUUGAAUUCUGUGUCUGAAAAUGCUGAAGGCAAUGGAUAUGCUUUAAUUGUGAAUGGCCAUAGCUUAGUUUAUGCUUUGCAGCCAUCAAUGGAGGCUCUUUUCUUAGAUGUUGCUUCUUCAUGUAAAUCUGUAAUUUGCUGUCGUGUUACGCCUUUACAAAAAGCUCUGGUUGUGGAUUUAGUUAAAAGGCAUAAAAAUGCUGUUACUUUAGCUAUUGGGGAUGGUGCUAAUGAUGUCAGUAUGAUUAAAAUGGCUCACAUUGGUGUUGGGAUCAGUGGACAAGAAGGAAUGCAAGCCGUCCUUGCCAGUGACUUUUCUCUUGCUCAGUUUCGGUACUUAGAACGGCUUCUGCUAGUCCAUGGUCGUUGGUCUUAUUUCCGGAUGUCCAAGUUCUUGCGCUACUUUUUUUAUAAGAAUUUUGCAUUUACAUUAUGCCAUUUUUGGUUUGCAUUCUUUUGCGGCUUUUCAGCUCAGACUCUUUAUGAUCCUGUAUUCAUCUCUUUUUACAAUGUGUUCUACACUUCAUUACCUGUUCUAGCUUUAGGAGUUUUUGAUCAGGAUGUAAGUGAUAAAAAUUCCAUUAGAUAUCCCAAACUCUAUACUCCAGGCUUGAUGAAUCUUCUUUUUAACAAGAUGAUCUUCCUGAAAUCUGUGGCUCAUGGUCUUUUAUCUUCCUUUAUCCUAUUUUUUAUUCCUUAUGGCGCCUUUAGUUAUGCAGUUGAUCCCAAUGGAUUAAACAUUGAUGACCAUCAGCUGUUUGGAACAACUGUAUCAACAAUAUUGGUAUUGGUAGUAACAGUACAGAUUGCCCUUGAUACUGCAUAUUGGACAAAUUUCAACCAUGUGGUGAUAUGGGGAAGUGCUCUUUUCUACUUGGGCAUGACAAUACUCAUCAACAUGAAUUUCUUUGGAAAUCCUUAUGUUGGAACUUUUCGUAUGACUCUGAGUACAGCCCAUUUUUGGUUUACCUUAUUCCUCACAAUUGCUAUCCUUCUUGUACCAAUUGUAGCAAUUCGUUUCUAUUAUGUGGACACUCACCCAUCACUGGCGGACAGAGUCAGGUUGAGGCAGAGACUGUCACAUUUGAGAACUCGACCUUCUGAACCUACCUUGAGGAUAUCAAGUGUGAGACGUAGCAGCAGACGAUCUAUCAGAUCAGGUUAUGCAUUUGCACACCAAGAAGGUUUUGGUAGACUAAUCAUGAGUGGAAAGAUUAUGAAAAAGAGCAAGUCUUCUAAUUUCACCAAUAAUUUGCAUGCAACACCUAAAGCGCAAAAUCAUUGGUCUAACAAAUCAAAUAAUUCGAGAGAAAAAGGAAGUCCAUCUACAGUUGAAGUAUAGUUGUAAAAAUGAAAUUAUUUUUGCCAAUUCAUCUGCUUUUGAUGUGUUUUAAAUCUGAGCUUCAUUUUCUUGUUUCGAUCUGUGAACAUAUUUGUGUACCUAAAUGACCAAUCUCUGAAAGCAAGCUUGAUCUAACAGCAUUAAGAGUUAUUAAAAGUAAAUUAAAUAAAGAAAUGUUUUCUGAUUAUUUAUCAGAAAACUUUUGUGUGCAUCUCUUUUCUAGCAACUGUAUAUUACUUCAAAUAUAUUGCCUUUGCGGGUCAGAGGCUGUAUGGUAGUUCAUCAGGACAUUUCAAAAGGGGAUUUAUGGAAGACUGUAAAAUUAUAAAAAUAUGAUUACAGUAAAGCUGUUUCUAGAUUUAAUUUUUUUUCAAGCUUCAAGUAAUUGGCUUGCUACAGUAUUGGAUUGAUUUGAUAUGGCAUUUAGUGAAUGAGCUUCAAGCAGCAUAGCCAUCUUUUUUAUAUUAAAGAUAGCUGUAUAAAUAUAUGGCUUUGAAUAUUGUUGCCUUGAAUCUUUUAAAAUGAGAUCUGUGAAAUGAGUGGCUGAUUGUCAUGGUUACAUAUGUUUUUUUCUACUUUGUAACCAGUGGCAUAUUUCUACAGUAUUCCAUUUUUGGCCAAGAAUUAGUGGGUUUUUAUGUAUUGUACAAGUAUUCAUGUUUUAAAACUUUUCUUAAUGUUAUUAUUAUUAUUAUUAUUAUUAUUAUUAUUUGCCUUUUUGCUGGAGGUCUUUAAGGCAUCAUUGUAAAGUAAUUCAUAACAUUGUGCUACAAAGUUGUAUUUUGUGUUUUAUACCACAUUCAUAUUAUAUCUUGUACAAACGUAAGAAGGAAAAAAAUCUUUUAUGAGAGGGUGAUUUUUGAAUGCACAAUUUAUUUUACUUAUGAAAUGCAAAGAAAUUUGUAUAUAAACUUCUUCAUGUAGGAUAGCUGUAUGUUAGAUAUGGUGAAAGUUACCUUGCAAUUCAAAUAUCUACAUGAAAAAAAAAAAAAAAAUUUUUAAUGUUGAGCAAAAUCUGUUUUUUGGAAAAGUUCAUUUGCUAUUCUUGAAUUUAAUACAGGAUUAUUUUAAAUGAAAGUUUUGUGUAAAUAUAAUUUGUGAAGAAAUGUUAAUAAAAUGUUGUAAUUAUGUCUUUUAAAA